UAACUGCAGAAAGUUCUGCAAACCCGCCAAGCUCUCAAUCAAGCACCAACUCUCACACAAAGGCUGAGAGGCUGCCCCAAGCCAGCUCUCCGCAAGCAAAUAAAAUCUACCUGUCGCGCGAACCCAGAAUGACGACCCAAGAAGAGGACGCUUUCGACCUGUCGCGCGUGCAGCUCAACAAAACGCAGGAUUGGUGCUAUCAUGAAGGCUCCUACGGCCACAACCCGGAGUAUGGCGCAACGCACAUCCUGACGAUCGGCAGCAACAACACAGCACAUACCACGACGGACUACGACGACGGCGCCAACGUGAACAAGUCGGCGGCGAAAGGCGCGAUCACGUUCUGGCGGAUAAGCACGCGCGGCGAAUGUUACGUGCCGAAGGAGGUUUCCCCGACGGGUGACAUCGGCCACACGCACAGCGUCUCAAAACGAGGCGACACGCUGACCGUCACGGUCAACUACGGCAAGACGGGCGAGAAAAAGACGGAGACGCUCUCCGUCGCCGAGCUCUACCGGCAGUUCGUCGCGGGCGGGGAGGCGGUGUACUACAAACCGUGAUCCCGUCGUCGUUCGUGUGUGAGCUGUCAUCAUUCAAUCCUUCGUCUUCUCCCCUGUAUUCCCAACGAGAUUAACAAUCAUCAUUCAACCGUACUAGUAGUAUUCCCCAACGAG